AUGGUUCGAGCAGUACUGUGUGCAGCCAAUAGUCGUACAGUUGAGCAGAUUAUUGAUAUGAGCAAAAUUCGCUCCCAGUUAAAUGAGCAAUUACGUUGCUUGGAAACUAGGACAGAAGCACAGACUGCUAUUUUAUUGGAAUUAAAUGAUUACUAUCGAAAGAAGGCAGAGCUUGACGGUGAGUAUGGGAAGCAGCUCGAAAAACUUGCAAAAAAUAUUAUGCAGAAGCAUAAAAAUGAGCGAUAUAAACGUGAUUCUUGGACUUUACAUUCAACCUGCGGGUUAUGGCAGCAAUUGGUGGAUCAAACGAAGGAGGAAGCUAAACACAAGAUUGCUUUGGCUGAUUUAUAUGCUGCCCGUCUUACAGUACUUAUUGCUCAGAGGGCAGAUGAUUUACAGCGUAUUUCACGAAAAUGUCGCGAAAUAGGAGCACUCGCUCACGGUGAAAUAUGUCGAGUGCUAAACGAACUACACACUGCCAUGAGAACCUAUCAGCUUUGCUUCUUCGAAUGUUCAGCUGUAGAAAGCAAAUUUCGCCAAGUUGAAGAAAAUAAGGCGAAGUAUGAGGAGAAUAAUCCAACUAAGCUGGGUGUUACUCGUAAGCACCGAUGUUUGGCAAAACUUUAUAAUAAGAGGCUGGAUAAAUACAACACGGUAAAACUGAAAUGUUUAAAGGCUAGAAAUGAAUAUCUGUUAUGUGUGCAGGCAGCUAAUGCAUCUUUGCAUAAGUAUUUUGCUGACGACCUUUCUGAUCUCAUCGAUUGCAUGGAUCUUGGUAUGGAUCGGUGGUUACAAGGUUUUAUUAAUUGUACAGUCACGGCGCGGAAAGAUAUAUGUCAAAAAGAAAUGGAUGCUUUAGCAGAGCUUUGUGGAUUUAAGGAAUCACUCGAUUCGAAGACGGAUAAGCAACGAUUUAUUGAGGCAAACCAUGCGACAUUUAUGUUGCCAAAGCGAUUCGAAUUCAGAGCACAGCUUGGUGAUACAGUAUCUACCGUAAGUGCAACCGAUGUCGUUGCUGAAGAACUACAACAGCGGCAUUUGCAGAUCGAACGGAGGCUUGCUAAUGUGAGGAUUGAAUCGGAAGAAAUAUGGAAGACUUUGGAAUCCACAGAAAAGGCGGUUGCUGAACGUUUUAUGGAGGCAAUGACUAAUUCGGUUGCAGCAGCUGAAGUACCAAGUGAUGUAUCGCGUGAGGAUUGUAAUGACGCAAAUAUUUACAACUUUAAGGAUAGAAUAAAUGCUAACGAAUUAUAUGACUUUUAUCUUGGGAAAUUCAGUCAUUAUAUGUUGAAUAGUAACUUAAUUGAACGACUGGAAGCGCGAGCAAAUGGAAUCGCUUUAGCUUUGAACGGGUAUUCUAGCAAAAGUUUUGAUGGUAGCACUAGCUCUGCUGUUGUUCCUUCCCCUAAUUCUUUCUAUCAAGAUGGAGAUGACAGUGAAAUCUUUCCUUCUGCUCGUAGUCGUGCAAAAAAAAGAAUCGGCAGUGGUUUGCUAUCCGACGGUAUUAGGCGACCGAAGCUUUUUGGCGGUAGUUUGGAUGAGUACGUUGAAGCCACAGGCGAAACAAUACCUCUUAUUAUCAUUUCUACUAUACGCGUAUUAUCCCAGUUUGCUCUGCAUCAUCAAGGAAUAUUCCGUAUAUCAGGGUCACAAAUUGAAAUUAAUACAUUUCGAGAAGCGUUUGAGAAAGGUGAAGAUCCAUUGCGACAUGUUGUUGAUGCUACGGAUGUCAAUUCAAUUGCGGGUGUUUUGAAACUUUAUUUACGUGAACUUCGUGAAUCUCUUUUUCCUAUGUUUCUUUUUGAUCAGUUAACUGAAUGUGCGAAAUGUUCAAAUGCUGAUGAAUUCGUCAAGCAGGUUGCUCCACUUAUUCAGAAAUUAUCACAACCCACUCAGCUCGUAUUGCGAUAUCUUUUCGCAUUCCUCAAUCAUCUCAGUGAAUUUAGCGAUGAAAAUAUGAUGGAUCCAUACAAUCUUGCCAUCUGCUUCGGACCUACACUUCUCCCCAUUCCGGAAGGAAAAGAUCAGGUCUUUUACCACAAUUUUGUAAACGAGCUUGUGAAAAACUUGAUUGUUUAUCAUGAGCAAAUUUUUCCUACAGUGUUACAUGGUCCGCGGUAUCAGAAGUAUCUUAUUGAAUCCGAGCAAGCACUUUUCAUUGAUGAGCAAGAAAGUGCCAUCAGUGGUGAUGACGAAACAGUAACGACCCCGGUUUUUGAUUAUUCAAGCGAGAAAUCAUUGAUUGGACUUCAAGCAUCUGUGAUUGCUCCGUCUUGGAAUGCCGCAGAUGCUGCUACGGAAGUGCUCUCGGCGGCUUCAAAUACCGCUGCAUGCACAUUAUUCAACCUUCCAGAGAGUACCGUUGCUUCAGAUGACCAAAAUCCUGUGGUAUCAAACCUCUCUGAUGAUUCUGUGUUAUCAGCAAAAUUAGUGCCAGGAUCUGAUAAUGAUGUUAUGAAGUAUUUUGAAAGUGGUAGUAAUACAAAUGCAGCAGAUGGCCAGGAUCUUUCAUCGGUGAAUAACAAUGAAAUUUCUUCUAACCAGAAACGAAAGCAGGAACAGAUUUGGUCUCGUCGAGGGCGUGGCGUGAGUUCGCUACGUGAGCAACUGCACCAUAGCCGAGUACAGCAGCAGACUUUUAUCAGUGAUAAGUUAUCACCAUCAUCAUCUUCUUUGGAUGCUCUUACUUUUGAUAAUCGUUUCGGUGGAAUGAUGUUUGGAAAUAAAGUAUCAUCAAUUGGUAACGAAAUUCCUAACAAAAAAACGACAUUUCACGAGAAGCUGCGAAAUAUGGAGCUAGAUCUGGUCCGUUCUCUUCCGCAUGAUAUGAUUACUGUCCAACCAGAGCAGUCAUCAGGAAAUAUACAGUAG